CGGUACCCGCCUAGGCUCGGACGACGGCCAGGCCUGCUCUUCCGCUAAGAGCCAUCUGCCGCAGCCCCUGAGCGCCGAGGUCCCCUGGCGAGGAUGCUCGGGUCGGGGCGGCCUGCCGGAAAUCGAGCUCCUGCGGACCAAGCGCCUGGAGUUUCUCCAGCAGCGACAUUUGGCCAGCCGUGGCCUGGUUGUGCCAGAGCCGGACCACGGCUAUCACAGCCUCGAGGAGGAGCAGCAGCAUAAGGGCGUCUGUCGAGAAAAGGCAGGGCAGCAGCAGGCGCAGCGGUGUGGUGCCUGGGAGCUGAAGCGUCCCGAGGAGCAGCACGGCACAGGGAGGCAGCCUGGAGACAGCUGCUUGGAACAGGAACCGAGGAGUUCCCCUGAGAUGGCUGCUUUUGGGGGGGAAGCCUGUACUGACGAAGAGGAAGAUGAUGCAGACUCUGAGGUAGAGCAAAACUUGCCAGUUUCAGCCAGGCCCGCCUGUGCUAAUAAACUAAUAGGUUAUAUCAUAGGGGGAGCUUCCAGUGGGGAGGAGAGUGCAGAUGAUGAGGAAGACUGGGAUGACGACGAUGGGUUCGAUAGCGAAGGGCUUCUCUCGGAUUCAGAUGCUGGGAGCCAGAACGGGGAAAGAUUGCAUCUCUGGAAUUCCUUCUACAGUUUGGAUCCUUACAACCCUCAGAACUUCACAGCUACCAUUCAGACAACUUCCAGUGAUCCAGAAAAGGAUAUGCCCUGUGGGUCAGAUAUGGAAGAAGAAGAGGAGGAGGAUUCCUGGGCAGAGGAGUCUUCAGGCUCUCCUGACCCUAGUUCUGAAGAGGAUGACGAAUGGGAGUGUAGUAGUGUGGAUGAGGCAGAAAAUUUGAAACUUUGGAAUUCAUUCUGUACCUCAGAUGAUCCGUAUAAUCCUUUUAAUUUCAAAGCGCCCUUUCAAACAGCAGGAAAAAAAGGGAAGCCUAGUUUACAAGGAACAGAGAGGCUGGGUUUGGUCACUUCUGAGUGUAGUCACUUAACAGUCUGUCCGGUACAGCUGGAAAAGCAGAAUUGUGACAUCACAGACUCUGUGCAGCAGGGCAUUCUUUCUGGUGAGAAAUGUGGAAGUUCCAAGAGAAAAAAGGUAACCUUCCUUGAAAAAGUUACUGAGUAUUAUAUAAGCAGUGAGGAGGAUCGUAAAGGACCCUGGGAAGAACUUGCGCGAGAUGGGUGCAGAUUCCAGAAACGGAUCCAAGAAACAGAAGAUGCCAUAGGAUACUGCUUAACAACAGAGCAUAGACAAAAAGUAUUUAAUAGACUCCAAGAAACUUAUUACAAAAGGCUUGAUCUCUUGUAGCACCUUAAAAGAUUUUCAGUUGUGUGAUCCUAAGCACUCGUGAACACCUUCAAAACAACAAAUGGCAGCUGCCUAUGUUUUGAUAUGGGGGGUGAAGUGGGGUUUUAACACUUUGUCCCGAUUGAAUAUUCAGCCAAUGAAUUUACCAAUGUGCGUCCCAUUUUGAUAUCUAAACGAAACCUUUUGAGUCUCAAGGGUGAGGAGUGGUAUAAUUGCAUUCCUUUUGAGUAGCACUUGAGAAACAGACUGCUUUAGACUAAAUCCAUUCCAAAAAUGCCUUGUCUGCCCUAUGUUGAGAAGUGGUGGCUGUUAAGUUGGAAUUUUGCACUUUGAAAAAGCAAAACCUAUUUUGAAGGAAAUAUUUAUGGGGCUCAGAACCCAGGUAUUGCAGUUUUGAUUUAAAGUUUGAAAAUGCGUGUGCUACUUUCUUGUGUUUCUCCAUUUUCUUUAACUUGUAAAAAAAAAAAAAAAAAAAGACGUCUUGAAUUUUGCUAGCUAUUAAUGUUAAAUUUACUGUGCAAAGUAGGUACUUUUUUCCUUCCUUUUAAGAUCCUAAUUUUGCAUGCAGUUUGGUGUUUGAGCGUUUAUGUAACAUUUACUCUGAUGUCUUAAUAUCUCAGUCUAGAACACUGGGGGUUUCGUUUCAAGUGAACUCUGGUGCACUACGAGCCCUUUGGUUUGUUUUUAUUUAAAUAGUAUCUUUGCCUGGUACUGUUCCAAAGGGUGUUGGCUGCUUGUGCACCAAGGCUGUUUGCUUUCAGGGCGCUGAAAGGCCUCAUCCUAAUCCUGUCCUCAUUGGUAAUUUAAACUGCAAGGCAUGUGUGAAAGUAUGGGUGAUAAUCUGAGUUUAG